AUGCCUUCAAGAUCAGAGGGUUUCGGAUUGACAGGGCUUGAGGACCUGUCAGCUGGUCUGCCUGUGCUCGUCAGCUGCAAUUCAGGAUUUGGAGAAGCAUUGCGCAGUGUACCAUUUGGUUUAUCAGUUGUAGUUAACUCAGAGAACCCCACUGAUUGGACCACGGCCAUUAAGAAAAUCCUUGGCAAGGAUAGGAAAAGUCGACUUGAGGAAGUGGAAACCUUGCGUGAUUCUUAUGACAAGAAAUACAACUGGGCUAAACAGAUACACGACGUUUUUCACAAGAUUAUCAGCUGGACUCACGGUAUGAAUUUAGAUGAUUUUUUUUUGUUGUGUUUUAAUGUAGGCACUUCUUUGGUGUUCAUAAUUUAUCUCUUUUGAAACUCAACAGUUUUUAUUUUUAAUUAGUCAUGCUGUCUUCAAUUACCCUGGAUUACCUUAAACGUUUUUUAUGCGAAAAAGUCAGGAUCUUUAACUUGCAAUUCGGACUAGGUUGCCUGCUGCCAGGAUUCUUAUCUUUUAUUUGUAUUUGAGGGGAGAGAAUGAUUUUAAUUAUGUAAAAGUAAAUCUACUACUAACCUCUGGGGAAGACUAACUGAAUGGGACUUUCUUCCGGGAAUAACUCUCGAUUUGUUUUCGUGAUUAGCGUAUAAAGCGACUAAGGUCUGUACCUCGAUUUUAAGAUUACUUUUUCUUAUAGAGUUACCGUUGUUAUCAGUCCUACAAUUAAGUAAUCAAUAAUUGGCCGAAUUUAUACUAGAGACGAAUAUUCCUUUUAGACGGAUUAUCUGGAUUAUCCGUCUCCAACGGAUAAUUCGCCUCUGGUAUAAAUUCGGUGCUACGACGAAUUAUGAAGCAAAAUUCGUCUGAGCUGAUUCGCCUGUUAGCACGUCUUGAAGACGUGCUAACAGACGGAUAAUUCGUCUUAGACGGAUUAUCCGUCUCUAAAGUUAUAUCUAGACGGAACGUAGACGGUUUUUUGACGAAGUUUCCACAUGAGAGGGACUGGUUUCUAUAUUUUGGCAAUGUUUCCUGGGAUAAAUUAAUAAAUGUCGAGAUAAAUUAUUUGUCAACGAAAUUUGUCUUCGGAUUUAUACUUAGACAAAUUAUACGUCUGACGAAUAAUCUGUCUAGACGGGUAACUCGUCUCUAGUAUAAAUUCGGCCAUUUUCAACGAUUGAUGUAUUCUUCUUCUUCUUUUAGAUCCUGAGUCUGCUGAGAUAACCUCCAACAAAGAAAGAUUUAAUUACUCCCGGUUAUGUCGUCUUCUCAUCAGCUUGGGUUCAAAAGCCCUCAGAGAAAUCUUUGACGGCAUAAUUCCACCGCAGAAUCUUCAACGCAUUUUGAAACGUAACCCAGCACACUCUAAGCUGCAGUCACGUCGAAACGAAGGAAUACUUAGCUCGAUCCAAUGGACUAAACUAUAUCCAGCUACCUUAUCCUCUGAAGUUUCAUCUGCAGGCUUCGACAUCCCCCUCCUGAUAGUCCUUCUGAGGACAAUCUGUGAUCUGAGUCCUCCACCUGCUGGCUGGGAUGCACCUCCUCUUUCAACAGACACUAGUCGUGAGUCUGACAUUGCCCGUAUUUCAUGAAUGCUGUGUCUAGCCAUUGUGGGGAAGGCUCAGUUAGUUAUGCUGUAUUCAUUAGCUACUGGCAACAGAUCCGUGAAACACUUGUGCGAUUGGCAGGAACUGAUUGUGGAGAUGUCAUUGAUGAAAUUAUGGAUCAGGAAAUGGACCCCCUCGAUGAGGAGCAUUUCCGAGAACUCCUUAAGCAGUGGAAGGAGGUCGAGGAUAGCAGCAAAGACAAGCUGAAUGAACUGGAACGUCUAGACACUUAUGACACAGAAGGUGAGCCUUAGAAGUACAAACAUAAUUCGCUGUUCUUAACUAGGUUUUUUAUGUAUCUGCAAAUACUUCCUCUUUUAGUUUUUAUUUUUAAUUGGGAUUAACGCAAGGUCGGUGGUUGUUUACCAUUUACGUGGGCAAAGCGGUCAGUUCACAUGUACAGUUUGGGGCAAUGGUAAGCAAAAUUCAGAAAAGGCCUAUUGACAUUGCUGUAGACUGUGCAUAGUUGCCCUGCCCCUUUCUUUAGAAAACGCAUUGAAGAGUUAACAUGCUAGACAAGGUAGCUCACUUGCCCAUGCCCCAUGACUACUUGCCCGGCCUGGGUUGUUUCGGCUAUUAAGAUGAAGGCUUUUAACAUUUUGGAAAAUAACUACGCCGUUACCACAUAGCUAUGAGUGAUAUCUGCUAAACAGGAUGACGGUGAACGUAAGGAAAUAAGUACAGAAAGAGAAUCAAACGUUGGUAAUGUAAACGACAAUGUCAACGUGGAGCAUUCAAUCUCAUUACUACGUUACUGAAACUUGAAUGCACAUAGUUCAAGGAAGCCAAACUAAACACACUUAAUCUCUUUUACUUUUUUUUAGAUUUGUCUUUUCCCAGCGACAUCCUAGAAAAGAUCCGUCAGGUGUACAGAAUACGUGCACAACGCCUUCUUCCAGUUCCUUGGUGUGAAGAUUUUAGCUUUCAUCUGAAUAAUAUAUUUACCAGAUUAAAGAUCGUGGGCAAAGAAAAAACUUCGAGGAGUACUUACUGA